CAUACUUCCUUGUUGGCGUGACGUAAGCGGAAGCUAUGUUGUAAACAUUCCAGUGCGGACAUAAGCAAUAUAAUCGCUCCCUUCGUCGUCGAAAGAAACAAUUAAGGAGACGUAUUUACGAGGGAAUUUCGUGAAAAGACUGCAGAAUCGACUGCAGCAAAAUAUGUCGAGGAAACACGCCGCAAAGCCGACACGAGGCAACAAGAAGAAUGAACUGGAGCGAAAGCGGGACGAAAGGGCUGCGAGAAGAGCCAUCGCCAAGGACCGCAAGAAUCGUCCUCAGGAUGCCGACGAAGGAGCCGAGUUUAUCAACUUCUCUAAUCAGCUGCAGGCGCUGGGACUGAAGCUGAGAGAAGUACCCGGUGAUGGGAACUGCCUGUUCAGAGCUCUUGGAGACCAGUUGGAGGGACACUCCAGAUCUCACCUGCAGCUCCGUCAGGAAACCGUCCAGUACAUGAUGUCCCACAGACAAGAUUUUGAACCCUUUGUUGAGGACGACAUUCCUUUUGCACAGCACUUAUCCAACCUAGCACAGCCUGGAACCUUUGCAGGCAAUGACGCUAUUGUGGCUUUUGCCCGAAGUCAGCAAGUGAAAGUGGUCAUCCAUCAGCUUAACACACCACUUUGGGAGAUAAACGGCACGGAUAAACACGUGUGCCGAGAGUUGCAUAUUGCUUACCGCUAUGGGGAUCAUUACGAUAGUGUGAGGCGCAUCGGCGACAACUCCGAGAGCCCUGUUCAGCUACGCAUUCAGAAUCUGCAGAACUCACAGGGCCAGCAACGGGAAUUCGGGGACGGCCAGAGAGGGCGACAGGAAAAAUCCUCCCCAGCAGGCUCAGAAGACGACAAUGUGAUACUAAGCUCCAUCAGGAACCGAGGGACACGGGGUGAUGAGGAGAACCUGCUGCAAUUGAGUGCAGCCACCAUUAAUUCAGAAUGGCUUGUAGGCUCCACGCUGAACCUGUCCUGCCAGGGUGACUGUGGACCUGGAUCCUGCUCAGUCUGCACAGAUGCAACGUCACAAAGCAGUCAACACAAACAAGCAGCAGACAGCAGCAACAUAAAUAAACUUAAGGUCUCCAACAAGCAGAGGAAAGAACAGCAGCGGCAAGAGAAGAAGAAACGUCAAGAAGAGCGCCAUCGAUUCAAGGCCCUCCACAGUAGAGGAGACCAGAACCAGAACGUUCCAGAAGCUGUCACUUUAGUACCAGCUCUGAACACACUCAGCAUAUAAGGUAACAACAACAAAAACAACCAAGGAACCCUACUGCUGUUCUCGCUGCUGGUGGCUGAUGCUUUCCACACAGUUUUGCAUAGAAGUCAAAUCUGACGCAGGAAGUCCAGUCGGUGACUUUCCUACAAACGUUAAAGAGUGCCUGCAGAACACGUGACAGACUUUGCCGCUAUGUAUUCUUUUUCUGAUUAGCAUUUUUCCUGUGUGUUUGGGUCACAUGACCACAUCCCUUCCUGUGCUGGACAUGGAGCUUUUUUUUUUUUGACCAUUAUUUCACGCAGCUAAGCACAUUUGUUUUCAUUUGAAAACAAUGUUUUAUUUUUCAAAUGGUCAAAUCCUUCUUCCCAGAUCCUUGUUCCAUCUAAGCAAAAAAAAAAGGAAGAACAAGAAGGGAGAGAGGCGGGGCAAACAACUAACCUAUCAUGCACCCUGUAUAAAAGGAUGUGGCAAUAAAUGUAUUCUUUGUGUGUGCAGCAAA